AUGCUGAGAUUAAGAGCAAGGAUGUCUAAGAACUUUUUCUCGUUUGUCCGCUUGCUUGUGCUAAUACUUGGCUUUGUAACUAUUUGUUUAGGAGCCUUUUGCAUCUCUACAAGCGCUUCUGCGUGUAAGUGCAACAGUUUGCCGCUUGCGUAUUUUCUUCUACCGUUAGGAUUCUUCUUUCUCAUUGCUGGGAUCUUCUGGAGCACCUAUCAUGAAGCCAGCAAGCACAACAGCUUGUUCCAUAGCAUUAUACAUGGGAGUCCUAGACUUGAAGAAAGUCACAUCACGACCAUAGAUAGGCCUGAUUUCUACCCACCCUCUUACGAAGAGAGUACCGCUCUGGGAAAGCAGACAUUCUCACUCCCAGCCUGCUCACUGGAGCCAAAGAACUAUGCUUAUAACAUACCUCCACCUUUGUACACAAAAAGCUGCUUCGAAUUCAUUGAGGAAACCAGUGCUCAGGAGCAACAGCCACCUUCCUAUGAAGUCUCUGUGCAGCAACGAGCCACAGGAAACGACCCAACAUUUGGAGAGGCUUCUGACGCACCUCAGCCAUAGAGCAAUGGCUAAGAAGAUGGGCUGUCCAAGGACUGGAGAAGAUAAGCCAUGUCUGUUCUUCUGGGACACAGACAAUGUUUAGGCAUUGUGUGUAAAGCCUUGGUGCGGAA